UGUAUUUUAAUUAUUAUGUAGCUUUGGUAAAUUGUUCAUGACUGUUUUGUUUGGUUUUGCUUGCAACUUUGGUAGGAUUGUUCGCUGUAGGCGUGGGUACUGGAUUUUUAGUAUUUUACUUUUUGUGAAUUGCGAUAUAGCAUUACGAAACAUGAAAAACGGAUACAUGUGAUAAAAAACUUUAUAAAAUCAACAAAAUGGGCUGUACUCAAAGUGAAAUUUCACCUCAAAAUGAAACACCUAGAAAGGGUUGUACCGAUGUAUUGUGGGUGGUCAUUUAUGUUAUUUUCUGGAUAUUGAUGAUUAUAAUAGCUGCUAUAUCAUUUGUGUAUGGGAAUCCUCAAAGAUUAAUAAAUGGCUAUGAUUCAUUUGGUAAUACUUGUGGUGUCAAAACUAACAAAAAGCUUAUUGAUUAUCCAUUAGCUGGUAUUAGUACUGCUGAUAAAAAAUAUCUUUUUUUCUUGAAUAUAAAAGAAAUUCGUAAAUCUCUUAAAAUAUGUGUGAAGCAAUGCCCAAAUAGGAAGAUGGAAUCUUUCUUAGAUAUUCAAAACUUUUACAAGGAGACUGGUUCUAAUCUCUGCAGCCAUGACAUCAAUUUUGAUAAUAAAACAACUAAAAAUGAAUUGGAUAAAAAUUUAGAAAGGCUAUGCCCUACCUUGCCUGUAUAUGACUCUUUUCCAUUACUUAAUAGAUGUUUUCCAAAAUCAGCUACGGACUUAGGAAAAAAGGUCUUCUCAGAUUUCUAUGAUUUGCUUAACAGUUGGGAUACUAUUGAACAGAUGUUGUCUGACCUGUAUUCUUCUUGGAAAGAAAUGAUCAUUUGUGUUAUAGUCGCAUUUAUUUGCUCGCUAAUAAUGGUGUCCAUUUUACAUUUAUUGGCCUCUUUAGUAUCUUGGAUAUUUAUGAUCAUAGUAUCGAUAGCCAGUGUAGCAGGAACAGGCCUGUUAUGGUAUACAUAUCACGAAUUAAGAACAAAGCAAAAAGAUUUUUCUGAUACAACUAUGUUUCUAGCCGAGUCCCUCAAAAAUGAACAAGCCUUUUUAUGGUAUUCAAUCAUAGCUACACUAAUAACAGUAAUACUAUUGCUGUUAGUCUGGGUUAUGCGUUCACGUGUAUCAUUUUUGGCAGCAUUGUUCAAAGAAACAGCUCAUUGUCUAGGAUCAAUUCCUGCACUCUUCCUACAGCCCAUUAUCACAUUUUUCUUCCUAAUAUUAUUUUUUACUUUUUGGUCUCUUGUUGUAGUAAGUUUAGCAACGGCGAAUUAUCCAGGCACAACAAAUUUCGUGAACAGUACAAUAUCAUCAGCUAAUGUGCAAAAUGUUGCAGUUUCAACACAAAAUAUGAACAAGAGUGCUAAUUUCAAGAGUUAUAUUCUAGAUGACAUAGUGUUUGAUCCAAUGUGGGUAAAGAGUAUGUGGUGGAUGUGUCUGAUUUGUCUCGUCUGGGGAAGUGAGUUCAUACUGGGAUGCCAGCAGAUGACAAUCGCAGGUGCUGUCUCACACUGGUACUUUAGAGGACCAAAUGCACAUCCAUCGCCAGUGUUGUAUUCGAUUGGUAAACUUCUAAAGUAUCAUUUGGGAUCAGUAGCUAAAGGAUCAUUUUUAAUAACACUUUUCAAAGUACCUCGGCUUAUUCUUACUUUUUUACAUGCUAAAUUAUCAGCAAGAGCUGAAAAGGGUUCGGAUUGCGCCAAGUGCGGUUUAAAAUGUUGCAUUUGCUGUUUCUACUGCUUGGAAAAGUUUAUACGAUAUCUUAAUCACAAUGCAUACACUAUCAUUACCAUCGAGAGGUGCAAUUUUUGUAAAGCGGCGGCAAAGGCUUUUAGCACUAUAGUAAACAACGCGUUGCAAGUGGCGACUAUAAACAGCGUGGGAGACUUCAUCCUGUUCCUGGGCAAGUGUAUCGUCACCGCGGUCACCGGUAUCAUUGGUCUUCUGUUGUUGAAACGGAACACCGAUUUACAUUUCUACGCGGUGCCCACCCUCGUCAUAUGCAUUUACUCAUUCUUCAUCGCGCACUGUAUACUUUCUUUAUAUGAGAUGGUAGUGGACUGCCUGUUCCUCUGCGUGUGUGAGGACCGGAACAUGAACAGUGCGGACGGGCGAUGGAAGAACUCGCGACUCGCUGAGCUGGGCGUCGUCAGCGACCGAGCUGAGACAGAGGACUUGCAAGAGAAGUACUGAUCCUAACUAGUGCAUGCCAUCUGACUUGUGUUUUGAUAAUCACGUUUGUAAUAUGAAGCAAUCAAAUUUCUUAUAAUUAUGUAAUUUGCAUUAUUAUCAUGUUAUUGUGUGGGUGUAGCUGAAUUUUUACACCUUUUUAAAUAAUAUUUAUUAUACCUGAUAAGUGUUCUAGGGUGUAAGGCAAUGUUUGUACUAGCAAAAAAUCAAUAUCUGAAUAGAUACUGCUAAAAUUUAAUCAUAAUAUUUAAAUAACGAAUCUCAAAAAUUGUGAUUUUACUUUUUAAUAAUUUUAAUUGCUAAAAAAAUAGUACAAGUUAUUAAGGGAUUGAGAAAUAAUUUUUCAAGCAUUUUGAUAUUCUCAAACUCAUUCCGUUUUGUUAUUAUAGAAACAUACUAUUUAAACAUAUAUAUUUCUAGAACACCAAUUUUGGUGCUGUUUAUCCUAUUAUGGCAUAUAGUUUCAUAAAUUAAUUUAAAAUUCUUCAUAUUGUUAAAGUUAAAAUGUAUAGUUUAUCAUGACAAAGUCUCUAUGCACAAGGAUUGUUGUAAAAGUCAAGUAUCUUUUGGAUGAUAAAUAAUCAUUUCAACUUUAAUAUCGGAAUCUCAUUAAAUAGUAUAUUAACUCAAAAAAUAUUUUUUUACCUACAAAUACUUUAUAAAAUGCCGUUAUUUAAAAACUAUAUAAUGACAUUAUUUAAAAAAUGCCGUCCUUUCUGAACUAAGCUAAACAUAAUCAAUGUAUUUU